AGGACCCUGAGAUCCACAAAGCUACAUCACUGUCAGUGCAACUGCUUUCACAUUUCAGUUGGAUUCAACACUUUAGUGAUGGAGCAGCAUCUGUUCACACUCCUAUUUUUCACAGGAGUCCUCCCCCUCAUCCUGUCUGUCCCUCGUAAGUACUAUCUGGUCCAGCAGAGCAUGAACUGGAACAAUGCUCAGGCUUACUGCAAAGCCAAUCACGCUGACCUGGCAAUCAUUGAAAGCGCUGACAACAUGGUCCACAUUCAAUAUGAAAUACAGAGACAAAAAUUCACUUCCAGUGCUUGGAUUGGAAUGUACAAUGAUGUCAACAGCUGGCACUGGUCAAUGGGAAAUGUUCCACUUGGAAGUUAUACAGCAUGGAUAUCACCAGAACCUAACAACUGGCAUGGAGAAGAACAGUGUGGUUCGAUAGAUAAUCAGCUGCAGUGGACUGAUUUAGGAUGUUACCACCUAAGACCCUUUGUUUGCUUUGAUGCCACUAAAACUGGCAGUCAGCAGUUCGUUUACAUUUCUACUACAAACUCAUGGCUUGAUGCUCAGGCUUACUGCAGAACAUAUUAUACAGAUCUGGCGAGUAUUAAAACUGCAACAGAAAACUCAAAUGUACUGGCACUAGUCUCUGACCAGACUUGGUUUGGUCUAAUCAGAGAUGGAUGGAAGUGGGUAAACAAAAACAACUUCUCCACCAUCAGCUGGACGCCUGGAAAACCUGAUAAUGCCAUGUGGAAUGAAAAUUGUGGCUAUUUAUAUAACGGUAUGGCUGUUGAUGCACAGUGCUCAGACAUAAUGCCUUUCUUCUGUUAUUCACUAAUCACAGAAAAACAACAAAUCAUCAAGGUGAAGGUCCAGUCCAUUCAAGAUGUGAAUAAUCCUUCAACAAAGGUGACCAUCUUGGAGCAGAUUAAGCAGGAGCUGAAGGAUCAUGGGAUAGCACAGAACAUCACAUUCAACUGGAGAGUGCAACCAGAUGGAUAUGUGUUUAACAAGGAGAAAGGAAAUUAACACUGCAGAAUAAAAGAAGUCUUUAUCUGGGGCUCAAAAUUAAAGUAGCUAUUUUAGUGUGAGUACUUUGUUCAGUCUGGUGAAAGUGUAGAUAAUGUGUCGGUAUCAUAUUCAAUUAUAACUGAAGACAAUUAUUUAAAUAAUAGCAAACAUAACAUAAUUGGAACAGGAUCAAUUACCUAAACAAGAAAAAUACAGACUAUGAACAAAACAGCGAUGACGACAGCAGAUGCGAGACAAGGACACGAUACUUGGGUUUAAAUGAUAAUACUAAUUAAAAAACCAAUCUUGCAUGCUUGUGACACAAAAUUUGACUGUGGAACCAGAAACUACAAUCUCCUCACCGCAGACAAAACAUAAAACACAAGGUUAUCUCUGACAUUUUCUACUUUUAAAUUUACAAUAGUCAAUUUAAUAAUAAGUAAAUAGGUAUUUAAAAAUAAGUAAAUGCUUUUAACUGAUGCAAUUAAAUUAAUGUCUUGCAGAGCUGUGCAGAAAAUAUUGCCAUGGUCACAGAUCAUUAUUAUCUGUAAAUAACAAAAAUGGACUUGAUUUUAUGCUAAGCUGAAUUAAAAUAAAAGUCUUGUGAUUUUUAAA